AUGGACAAUCGCAGCCAAAUCCGACCUAUUUUAAAGAAGUCAAGGCCGACCUCUUGCUCCAAGUUCACACAAGACUCCAUGAUGCAGCACAACGAUGAUGAUUCUGAUUGUGAGUGGCUCCCCUCUCCCCUCGAUGCCCUCUACUUCCUCCCCUCCCAUCCCGCUAUCCCUGAUCCCCUCCCCUCCCCUGACCCCUGGAGCUCUCCCGACGACCUCUGGUCCCCUUUCGACCAGCCAGCCUUCGACCAGCCAGCCUCGCAAGACUCCGAGCCUCUCCAGCUCAUCCUCCACGACCCAAGCGAGGAGACGCCCGACCCAGAGCCAGUCUUCCCUGCCCCAGUGCUGACCCGGCCUUGCCUCCCGCUACCCCGGCCUUGUCUUCCCCCGUCCCCGGCGGCUCCUGCUCGGGCCAUCAUGCUCCUCGAGCCUCUGCCUGAUCGCCGGAGCUCCUCCUCCCCCGCCUUCCUCCCCUCCAAGCUCACCCUCGGCCAGAAGCUCGACAUCGUCCGCCGCAGCGAGGCCCCCAAGCACGACCUCGACUACCGCUCCCCGUCAGAGCUGGCGCGCAUGUACGGCAAGAGCCGGUCGUCCAUCUCCAAGAUCCUCAGGCCCUCCUACGUCGGGAGGCUCAAGCAGCUUGCGGCCAGCGGCGUGUCGACGGACAUCAGGCGGAGCACGAGCACGCUGCACCCGGAGCUGGAGCGGCGGAUCCACGAGUACGUGGUGAGGACGGCGAGGGGAGCGAACUGGCGGCAGGAGGUGUGCAGGUACGCGGAGAGGGUAGCGGAGGAGCUAGGGGUGGAGGGCUUCAAGGCGAGCUUGAACUGGUAUCAUCGCUUCAUCGCGAGGCACUCGCUGAGGAGCGAGCCAGCGGCGGCGGCAAGGAAGAGGAGGGGAGCAUGGAGCUACUGA